CGAGCCCCGAGCCCCGAGCCCCGAGGCGGGCGCGGCCAAGGGAGGCGCCCGGUGCCCGGCCCGGCCCGGCCCGGCCCGCGGGAGACGCUCGGGGCGGCCGCCGUGCGGCGCUGCGGGCUGCCGGCCCCGGGGGCUCCGAGCCGGUCGCGGUCCGCUCCAACCGCCGCCUGCCGCAGGUAGCCCGCCGUGGGGCCCGAGACCAUGUUCGACAAGACGCGGCUGCCCUACGUGGCCCUCGAUGUGCUGUGCGUGCUGCUCGCUUCCCUGCCUAUGGCUGUUCUAAAUUUGGGCCAAAUAUAUCCAUUUCAGAGAGGCUUUUUCUGUACUGACAACAGCAUCAAGUAUCCAUACCAUGACAGUACCGUCAGAACCAUUUUGCUGGCCAUAGUGGGGCUUGGCUUACCCAUUUCCUCUAUGAUUGCUGGAGAGAGUCUGUCUGUCUACUUUAGCACCUUGCAGUCGAAUUCCUUUGUGGGCAAUCACUAUAUAGCCACUAUUUACAAAGCCAUCGGAACCUUCUUGUUUGGAGCCGCAGCUAGCCAGUCCCUGACUGACAUUGCCAAGUACUCUAUAGGCAGACUCCGCCCUCACUUCUUGGCUGUUUGUGACCUAGAUUGGUCAAAGAUCAACUGCAGUGAUGGCUACAUUGAGACCUACGUGUGUCGAGGGAAUGCAGAAAAGGUCAAGGAAGGCAGGUUGUCCUUCUACUCCGGCCACUCUUCAUUCUCCAUGUACUGCAUGCUGUUUACAGCACUUUAUCUUCAAGCCAGGAUGAAGGGAGACUGGGCAAGACUCUUACGCCCCACACUGCAAUUUGGCCUUGUUGCUCUGUCCAUAUAUGUGGGCCUUUCUCGAGUUUCUGAUUACAAACAUCACUGGAGUGAUGUGGCGGUUGGAUUCAUGCAGGGAGCUGUGGUCGCAAUACUCGUUGCUGUGUACGUGUCGGACUUCUUCAAGGACAGAAAUCGUUACAAAGAAAGAAAAGAGGAUGACUCCCACACCACUCUACACGAAACCACCACUGCACACACCUACUCAAGCAGCCACCAGCCCUGAAGGGUGUGCGGAACCGGCCAGCUUUCUAAAGGAACCGGUUGGAAGCAGAGGGCAGGAGGAAGGAGGACACACAUUGCUCUCUGGUGUAUAGGCCAUCACAGGACUGCUGCUAUUAUACCUCUAGGAUACACUCACUUUACCUGUGUAUAUAGUUAACAUUUAACACAAUAAGUAUCUAAUAGUUUGAUUGAAAAAAAAUUGAAGCUUUCCACUAAAAACACUGCCCCACCUGAACAUUUUUUAAUCCAAAGAUGCUAUGUACAAAUGUGUAUGUUACAUGCCUUCUUAGAAUGAGAUCUGAUUUAAAUGUAAUAAAAUGCUUAGAACAA